GUUAGUGAGUAAAGACGAAGAAGCUGUUUUGAACCUUGAGUAAGAAAAGGACGUAGCAACCCUCUUUGGAAUUGCCGGACCACUUCUUCGUUGACUUCUUGCAUGGUUCGGGAAAUCGCAAAACCCUCACAGUUCUCAAUCACCUUCAUAGCCUUUCCACAAUCUUAACACCCACACACACCUUUUCUCUCUCAAUCAAUGCUUCAAUUCAAGCUGCAAUCCACUUCCGUCUAUCAUUCUUUUCCCAUAAUUGGCCAUCUCAGAUUCUUUUCACUCUUUUCCUUCACUUUCUAACUCUUUUUUCUUCGGGCAGAAAUUCAAGUCAGAGAUACCAACCUAAUUCUCAGACCCAGUGUAGGAUUGUCUUUUGGGUGCUGGAUCUUGCUACAUUCGGGGCAUUUUCUUUUCUUACAUAUCAAAGCCUGGAUCUAAUUGAGCACUUGAAACACUGCAAUUGUUGGGGUUUGAGACAGUUGGUGAUUGAUUGUGAUCCUAUUGUAUUUACCCUUCUAAUUUUGGAAGUUAGGUUUAAUCUUUGUUAGGACUAAAAUUGGCUAUGAUGGGGGGUCAAUCCAGUAAGAUACCUAGCAGUAGUGAUGUUCCAACACCCAUCAAAAUGGGUACCCAUUCUCUGUAUGCGGCUGAUUUGAGUUCUUAUGAGGCGGCAUGUGUUGAAGAUCCAAACUUGCAAUCCUUAGAUGCUACAAUUCAGGAGCGCACCAACAGGGUGAUCACCUCGCUUGCCCAAGGGAUUGAGGUUCAUUCCAUAUCGAUUGAGUCACUAGGGGAAGUGACUGGUAGUUUGCUUGAAAUGAAUCAGGAUGUUGCCAAAGUCAUUCUAGAGUGUAAGCAAGAUAUAUGGAACAAGAAGGACAGGGAGCUCUUCUCCUUGGUGGAGGACUUCUUUGAAAAUAGCCUCCAGACAUUGGAAUUCUGCAAUGCUCUUGAUAAAUGCUUGAAUCGAGCACGCGAAAGGCAUGUUAUAGUUAAGUCUGCAAUUACCUGUUUUGAGGAAGAGGUGCAAAAUGGGGUUGAAGGGUCCACUUAUUUGAAGACAUUGCAAGAGCUUAAGGGUUUCAAGGAAGCCGGGGACCCCUUCACCGAAGAGUUUUAUUCCUUGUUUCAGUCAGUUUAUCAACAGCAGGCAUCAAUGCUGAAGAAAUUGCAAAUCAGAAAGCAAAAGCUUGAUAAGAAACUGAAGUCCCUGAAGACAUUGAAGAGGGUGUCAAAUGCCAUUUUCGUGGCUGCUUUUGUGUCUGUUUUGAUUUUCUCGGUGGUGGCAGCUGCAAUUGCUGCACCACCUGUUGUAACUGCUUUGGCUGGUGCAUUGGCUGUUCCUAUAGGCUCAGUGGGGAAAUGGUGUAACUCUCUUUUUAAGCGAUAUGAGACAGCUUUAAAGGGCCAAAGAGAAUUAAUCAUUUCGAUGCAGGUUGGCACUUACAUUACAUUGGUGGACUUGAAGCACAUUCAGGUGCGCAUUGACCAAUUGGAAAUAAACAUAGAGUCCAUGUUGCAGAGUUCUGAUUUUGCUCUUAGAAAUGAGGAUGCUGUAAAGUUUGCGAUUGAUGAGAUUAAGAAGAAUAUAGACACUUUUGCAGAGACCAUUGAGGCUUUGAGUAAGCAAGCUGAUGAAUGUAGUCGGCAGAUAAGGAGAGCAAGGACAAUGGUUGUGAAAAAGAUUAUUAAUUACACAAACACUAGCUGAAAAUCCUUCGAUGCAAUUGAACAUCCUCUGUGAGUGUGGACAACAAUAAUGGAAUCAUGAGAAACGCAAUCAAAGGGGGAAUAUGUCUAGGACAUUAAUAGAAAAAUAUAUAUGCAGUUAAAGCACCCUAACUCCUUCAAGUUGGGAGUCCGGUUUGUGAUAGUAAAUUCCUUCUUUAUUGGUUUGCUGCAUGUGAGAAACUUUUCUAUGCUUGCAUUGAUAGGAUCCUGAUGUUUGAGGCAUCCACUGACGACAAUAGUUGCUGCACCUUAUAGGAAUCUGAUGACAUUUUCUAAGCAUUGUUGGAUUUGAAGUUGUAAUUUUUCGAUUGGCAGAUUCGGAUAUAUUUGCAUGGAAAUUAGUGAGUUGAUGAUUCUUUUCCGCCUAGCAGUCAACUAAUAUUCAAUGUA